ACAUCACAGUCGUCCCUGUUCCUUCUGCCGUUCGCUGGCAGGAUGUAGUUCUUGGUAGGAUGAAAUGGGCAGCCAUUCUGAUUGACAAGCAGAUUCGAGAUGAAGCGGACUACCUGUUUAUGAUGGACAUUGAUAGUGUCUUCUAUGCUCGUUUUGGGGCCGAAUCUCUAAGCCGACUGUCUGCUGUACUUCACCGAGCGUACUACCAGAACACAAAGAGGGAUGCCUUUCCAUAUGAGCGUCGUCCUGAGUCCAGAGCCUACAUUCCAGCUGGACAAGGAGAUUACUAUUACACUGCAGCUGUCUGGGGUGGAUACUUGGAGGACAUGUACAAACUAAUAAAAACUUGUUAUGAGCAGUCACAGGAGGAUGCCAAGAACCAGAUUGAAGCUGUAUGGCAGGAAGAGAGUCAUCUCAACAAGUACUUCUUAGACAACAAACCAACCAAGGUGCUGUCUCCAGAGUAUCUGUGGUCCGACUAUGAUCGUAAACCAGACAACCUCAGAGUCAUCAGGAUUUCUCAACUGGUCAAGAACUAUAAAGAAGUGCGGCCUAAUGGUGGGCACUGACAUAGUUAUCAGAAGACAACCAUUGGUUAUGGGUUUUAAGGAAGGGCACUCAUCACAAUACAGACCUAUACCUAGGUCCAACAUGCUUUAUUUCACAAUAUCAAAAAAUGUGUCUAUUCUUGACAGGGUUUAAUCAUUUGUGGGGUAAUUAUUAAGCUCCAGCUUUCUUGUUGUUUCUAA